AUAAUGAAGGGUGCUAGUUUAAUUAGACGAAGCCAAGUUUGGAAAAUCUCAAAAGAAAGAAAGAAAUGAUGACGAAUCGCCACUUCCUCUUUGCUGUUGUUUUCACUUUUUUUCUUUCAGCUGUUGCAGCUGAUUCUUCUGAAGACUGUGUAUACACAUUGUAUGUUAAAACUGGAUCAAUCAUAAAGGGAGGAACAGACUCCAAAAUCAGCGUUACACUUGGCGAUGCUAAAGGAAAAUCAGUAGUAUAUAUUCCAGAUCUAGAGAAAUGGGGUUUAAUGGGCCCAAAUUAUGAUUACUACGAAAGGGGUAAUAUGGACAUCUUCACUGGUAGAGGCCAAUGUUUGAGCCCACCAAUUUGCAGGCUUAAUGUUACUUCUGAUGGAUCAGGUGAGCACCACGGUUGGUUCUUGGAUUUUGUUGAGACUACUUUUACUGGGCCACACAAAACUUGUAGCCAAUCCAUAUUCUAUGUCGAACAAUGGUUGGCUUCUGAUGCACCUCCUUAUGAGUUAUCAGUUUCUCUUGAUGGUUGUAAAAAGAAGACUGGGCUUGGACAACAUGCUCGGCGUUUUGUUGUGGGCAAGCCCAAUGGGUCUGCUUCAGAAUAGUUUGGCCCAUUGGAGUUCAUUUUGUCGCUGAGAUGUUUUUCAUGUGUAGACAUGUCCACGCGUUGUCUUGUGUUUCCCCUCCUCUUUGGUUGAAAUAAAUUUCUUGUUUGGGGCUUCC